UUUUGUACCUCUGGAUCUCGUCUCGAUUUCAUACAGUAGCGGUUUCAUUUGUUUUCUCGAUUUCAUUUUCGUUGAACUUUAAGGUUUUUGAUCGAAAACGAAAAUGGGAUUUGUUUCUUUCGUCGGGAGAGUUCUUUUCGCUUUGGCGUUUCUCCUCUCUGCUUGGCAAGAGUUCAAUGAAUUAGGUGAUGAUGGGGGGCCAGCAGCUAAGGCAUUGAAACCAAAAUUCGAUGUCUUCUCAAAGACUGUGUCAGCUCAUACCGGGGUGCAAGUGCCAAAAUUCGAUAUUAAGUAUCUAGUUGCUGCUUCUAUAGCCUUUAAAGGUGUCGGGGGCAUCCUUUUUACAUUGGGCACUAGUAUCGGAGCUUAUCUUCUGGUUCUGCAACAGCUCAUAGUUACUCCUAUAUUGUACGACUUCUACAACUAUGACACAGAACAGAAAGAAUUCGGUAUACAUUUUACCAAAUUCACACAGAACUUGGCGCUGUUAGGGGCAUUAUUCUUCUUUAUUGGCAUGAAGAACUCAAUGCCCAAGAGACGACUCAAGAAAAAGGUUUCGAAAACAAAAACAUAUUGAAGAGGAACCUCUACGUUUUUGUUCGAUCUCUGUCGACCUUGGUGAAUCAACAUAU